UUUGUUUGUUUUUUUUUUUUUUUUUUUUUUUUUUUAAGUAAAUUUGCUGCAAAUGCUUCUUACCCUUUUUUAUUUAUAGAAGCGCAACUCUACCAAGCUGCCUUCACUACCUUUGGUGGCUCCAUGGGUGUUCGCGCAGUGCGCGAUGAUGAAGAGAGCUGGUAUGACCAGAUUAAAGGAAACUUCAUGUUUCCAGCUGCUGACGCUUUCGCUUCGCCGCCGACCGCUACUGAAGGUGCGCAAUACCCAAAACCUCGUCCAUUGCGCUCUGUGACUCUCGCUGGGAAAGAAACUUUCUAUCUUUCCAGCGAGGAGUCCGUAGGAUCUUCCAACGGCGAGCUAAGCUCUUGGUCUAAAAUAUUUGCAGGUGUGUUGCGCGACCUGGGGAUUGACCCAGAGGAGAAAAAGAAGAAACCGGUGAAGAAGAAGAAGAAAGCGGAGCCGGAGGUGACCAGCAAGGGCACUGGCCCUAGUCGCGCAACAGCUGCUGCUGGCAAAGGUACUCUUCGCCUUCGUCAACGUGACUUGGAUGAUUAUGUGAUCAUCAGUGACUCAUAUGAAGGUUUAUCUCAUGUAGCCAAGGGAAAAGCUGGUGCUGGUGGGUCAAAGAGUUCUGGGAGCGCGGGUUCUCGUAACCCCGAUGCUGGCGCGACCCCCAGUUUUCCCGAAGAUGUAGAAGAGGAGGAAGAUGCUGGUGCUCGACUUAUCGGGCGAAAGAGGGGUAGGAGCGAGGCUACAACUGGUGUGGUCUCCGCGCCUCAAUCUGUUGUGAUCCCUGCGAUAGGGAAGACGAGCAGGCUGCGCUCGUUGUAUCAAUUUUCUCCUGGUAUGUUCUUUUCUUCUCUUCUUUUCUAAAAAACUUCUUUGCUUAUACUUGCCUUGUUUUGUAGAGAUCAAGAAGAAGACCCCUGAAAAGGCGGUUACAUUCGUUGAGGCGGGGGCAAAAAGGCCCAAGAUAACCGUCAGGUCCACUGACGCUGCAGCUCAGGACGCCGCGAAGGCGGCUGAAGCGCAGCGAAAGGUGGAGCAGGCGCGUAAGAAAGAAGAAGAGAAGAAGAUUGCUGAGGAGAAGAAGAAGAAGGAAGUAGAGGAGAGAGAGAAAAGAGAGGAGGAGGAGAAGAAGAAAAGAGAGGAGGAGAAGAAGAAAAAGGAGGAGGAAGAUAGGAAGCGUAGGGCGGAGCAGGAGAGGCUGGCUGAGGUGGCGAAGAAGCAGGCCUUGGAGAAGGAGAUGGCGGCGAAAAAGGCUAUGGAUCAGCCUUUGAAGUCUCCAGGUCCUGAGGUCACCAGGCCAGCCGGCACCGGCCCUGUUAACAUUUCGAAAGGGUCCGGCCGCUACUCUUCUAGCGGCGCGAGCUCUGGUGGAGCUGGGGGUUAUAACCCCACUGUGGUAGGGGCGAAAGAUACCGUUGGAGAUAUCUACUACAAGACAUAUACUGAAGAAGAGCGCGGUGAUGCCCUCCAUCAAGCCCCCUGGAGCUUAAAACAGAAGGAUACAUUUGCUGAGUUUAGCGCUUCGCGUGAAUGGUUUUUGAAUUCCUUCCCUCCUGGUGAGGUCAAUCGGCAAAGGGCCAAAACCCAUGAGAUGUUAUAUCGUACUUAUAUUCUUGGGGAGGCCAAUGCCCGCUCUGCCAACCAUCAGAUUGUUCGCGAAUGGCGGACGAUGGUCAGAGAACGUGCCGAUUGGGAGGGUUACCGCGAGCGUACCCUGAAGCGGAUUGCGGAGUUUGAGAAGUCGAAAGCUGCGCUCGACGAAGAAAGAGCCAAAUUUGAGGCUGACAAGAAGGCGGAGGAGUGGGGCCGCGAGGGGCUGCAGAAAAAACUCCACAAUGCUGAGGAGCAACUGGCCAAGGAGAAGGCCGAGUUCAAGCGUAUAUGCGCUCAAGACAACGAGCGUACUUAUGCUCUACGACAGAAGAUCGUUGGUCUUGAGGCUACAGUUGCGGACUUGACCUCAAAGGUGGAGGAAGCGCAGGGUGAAAAAACUGCCAAGCAGCAGAUGGAGGUUGAGCUGACUGAAGCCAAGGUGCAAUUGUCUAACAAGGACAAGGAUAUCCAUGCCAAGGACGUUGAGAUAGCGGAACUCAAGCGUCGCUUGAAUGAGCAAAUCGACAGAUGCGAGUCUUUGGAGAUUGACCUUGAGGCUGAGAAGGUCAAGGCUGCUGAUGCUGAGGAGGCGCGUGCUGUGAGCACUGCCGCGCUGAAUGUGGCUCAAACCAACUACUCUGAGGCUCAAGGUAUCGUCGAUACACUUGUCUCAGAAGCGGAGUGGAUGCGCACUCGUGGAGUAGUGAUGGUUGCCAACUCCAUCUUGAAUGCGAACGAGCUAGAUCGCGCUGUGGCGGCUCUGACAGAUGCGGCGCGUGCGGUGGGUCACCGAGGAGGUUACCUGGAGUGUGCUGAUCAUGUUGAGCAAAUGCUUGGGCAAGAAUUUGACACGAGCCACUGCUCCGUAACAGAUCGUGCCGAUGCUGCGCUGGCAAGUGCUGAAAAUUCCUAUGACAACCUCUCCUUGCCUAUCAUGGAGUUAGUUGUCGAAUCGUUAAAGAAAGACGACUGGUGCCAGCGUCUUAAGGCAAUCCUCGAUCCACCAGUUACCGUCGAGGUGUCUGAUGAAGAGCCCACUGGUGACGACGGUGAUGAUGGCAAUGAUGAUGAUGGUGAAGACGACGGAGAUGAUGGUGAUGAUGGUCGCGAAGGAUAGGAUAGUUUGUUGAGUAGGUAGUGAAUAGGCAUUUGUGCCUUUGUAAUUUCUUUGAAAAAUCUUAUGUAUGAUGCUGCGCGGUUGCGCAAGUUGUUAAUGAAACACUUUGUUUUUUCCGUUGCAAUUCUUGCAUUGUUAUAAAAACUUAUGCUAAAUUAGUUCGAAUAAAUG